AUGUAUCGGUCAGGUGGCUCUGGGCCUCGCAAUCGGGGCAGCAUCUUGGGCGUUCUCAAGGCCACCGAGCUCGAUGCGCGGUCUAAGCUCCCAGCAGAAAUCAUGGUGACGAUCCUCAACUACCUGCCUGUGGCCGAUCAGAUGCGCUGUGCACGCGUUUCCCACCGUUUGCGAGAGAUGGUAUACGAUGACACUCGCUGGGUGUCCCGACUGAAGAGCAUGGGAUGCUGGGACGAACGAGAGGCCAGACAGAGGUUUGAGGAGUCGGUCCGCCGCAGACGAGAAGCUGCUGCUGCUGCUGCUGCGGCUAACCAGUCCAACGAUGGCAAGAAGAGCGCAGUCGCAUCAUCCACCAUAUUUGAUGCUACGGUCGAACAGCAACGCCGGCAGCGGCCCAUUUCAGAAUUGAGAGACGGGUUCGAGACCAUGACAAUUGGGACAAGCGACCCAGCGGAAGACCCUGCGGCGUACCUCGACGUAUUCAAGCGCGUCAAGAGCGUCAGGGGCGGGGCAAGGCAGGAGUAUGGCAAAAUCUACAAAGCUCUUGCGCCCUUCUACUUUGAUCUGGUCAAGGCGAAAUCGCACACGGACCCAAUCGUGUUCAAAGCCUUUAUAGAUCCCGAGCAGCAGGCGCAGAUGCUGGCCAACCUGCACAAGUUCGCGGGGAGCGACUGGGCUGAGGGAUGGGGCCUCAGAGAUGCCAAGCUGACGGCAAUGAUGAACAUCUUCGAAGCCGCUGUUCUGCGCGAGUUUGAGCAGGGCUACGAAUUCUGGGAUGUGGAUGGGCGCAUGCACCGAUACGCCCAUGUUUUACAUACGCUCAACGGCGCCAAGACUGGAAUCGAGCUCUUUAUACAGAAGCACCCGCUCUUCAACGACCGUGAGCUGGAGCACAAUCCCAUGGACUGCUUGAACCAAGCAUUUACAGACGAUGUGACGCUGGAGCCAUCACGUCGCUUCUUUGAGCAUGUGCUCGUCAAGGUUAACGAACAAGCGGGUAUUUUGGAACGAAUAUUUCCCGAUCCCGCCAUUGUAUUCUGGGGUCUUACUGAAAAGGUGGCGGAGGAUAUCAUUGCCGAAUACACAACUCCCAUGUUCGAUGAGGCGCACGAGCGCAGCAUCCUCUCCUACCUCAAGGCCAUUUCUGGCAUAUUCGAACAGACGAUGCGGUUCUUCCAAUCACUUACACCUCCCAAGGGGCCCGAAGAGGAAGACUUGGAGAAGCGUGCCAAGCAGUUGACGCUGAAAGUGUUUGAGCCUCACCUCGAUUUAUACCUGCAGGAGGAGCUGGAUUUCUUCACUAAACAGGCGGAAAUAGAGGUCUCCCAGUGGGAGAAGAAGCUUUCCGAGCAAGACUCGUCUUUGGAGUCGUUUUACAUGUCCAACAUUAAUCGUUCUGCCGAGAAGAAUGAUUUCUUGAGCUCCUUCAAGAAGGUUAUUAUGAUGCCCGUCACGGUUCUCCCCAAUUUCCCUAUUGGCUCGCCAUUUGCAAUUACGAAGCCCGCAUCCUCACCCGCGGUUACUGCAAAUGGGUCUGCAGCCUUAACCCCUCAGACUUCCCGGCCACAAACCCCAGGGCUGGGCAAUGAACCUCAAGGACGGGGCAGCAGCCCGAUGCCUGGGGCUAAAGCUCCGACCGAUGAGCUUGCAGCCAAGGCAGCCAUCAUGGCCUCCAAGUUGGAAGGUAUCAAGUCCUUGUUUAGCAUCGAGGUAGCUCUAGAUUUGGUGCACAAGGCCAAGGGCAGCUUAGGCCGAGCUGCGGUGCUUAUCCCCUUGGGUGGACAGGUUGGAGGAGAAGCUCGAGAGCAGUGUGCCAACAUAUUCAUUGCGCUCGUUCGCAUCCUCGGACAACGACACGUCAAAUUCGGCUUUGACAUGGCCGUUGAUCACUUGUCUCAGUACAACCCGCGAGACGUUAGUGACCAUGACCAAAAAGGUGUGGCGCCGUUGGUAAUGUUUAUUGAACUGGUCAACGUGGGCGACCUCAUCUCCCAGAUGAUUGAAGUCUUUUAUGAGCAGCAGCUCGCAACGCCCAAGAUUGCCGACAAGAACGACUUUUUGGAUCCUGCUGGUCUAGCCAAGAAGAAAUUCGAGCAGAUGCUUGAUGAGAGCGUGGCAGCUGGCUUGAACAAGGGCAUUGACGUUCUCAUGGAUGAGGUCGAAUAUCUCCACGGAACGUUGCAGUUGCCUACAGACUACAACCCUACUCCCCGGAUACCAGUAGAUGAUGGGAACCACCGACUAUCCCACCGAGCAACGAUGGGCUCCAUGGCGGAGCUGGAUAUCGGACCGACGCCCACGGCUCGUCGCAUUGUCGAUCUCGUCAGAUCACAUACCAACAUGCUGGUGGGUACGACGGAGAAGUCGAUGCUCGACGUCUUCAACGGCGAAGUUGGCCAGCGACUCUUUACAGCGAUAUGCAAACACCUCAAGAGACAGCGUAUCAGCACUGAUGGCGCCGUGAAGCUCAUUGCCGACAUGAAUCUCUAUUCCGACUACGUGAGAUCGCUCCGGAAUCAGGAUGUGCUGCCAUAUUUCGCCGCGUUGCGCGAGCUGAGCCAGAUCUACCUCAUUGACCCGGGCCACGCCAAGGAAAUGGCCACGGUUAUUGCGGAUGGAGAUCGGUUUAGCGGCGUGUUUCGUGCGGAGGAGGUGUAUGAGUAUGCGCAGCGUAGAGCGGACUGGUACCAGGUGAGGAGGAGCGUCGAGAGGGCAAUGUACGGAAUGGACUGCUUGGUCAUGUAG